GCACUGAUAUAGAAGCAUGACAAAAAUUGAAUACGCAAAACUUACAAACAUUAUUACAUAACAUCAAAAAAGACACUUGAGCAGGACUGGAAAUCUCAGUGGAAGAAGAAAAACACCAGAACUUUCAGAGGAAGCAAAAAACUAAACAACACAUCCACAGCACAGAUGCAACAAAAGCCGAUAACAAAGCCCCAAUCCCACAAACGCACUUCCUUGCAAACCACAUGAAACCAACAGCCAAAAACGAAAACCACAGACAGAAACUCUUGGCAACAGGAAAGCGAGGAAGGGAAAGAUGACACGCCACAUAAAGCUGGCACCGCAAUACCACUGCCACCACCCAGCCCCACCAGGCUCCUGCCCAGCACAACGCCAGUCCCACCAUGGCUGCGCCUGCACGCCCACAGCACCCGCGGGGGUACGGCAUCCUGCUGCUCACUCUUCUUAUGAAAGCACUCGCCGCCAGCGCCUCCGUCUGCAACCACCUUCGCCCCCAGGAUGCCACCUUCUCUCGCGACAGCCUCCAGCUUCUCCGGGACAUGGAUCCCAGCCCACCCCAGCCGUGCCCGCAGCACAACGCGCCAUGCUCCUUCAACGACACCAUCCUGGACACCAACAACACCCGGCAAGCCGACAAAACCACCCACGACAUCCUCCAGCACCUCUUCAAAAUACUCAGCGGCCCCAGCACGCCAGCCCACUGGAUCGACAGCCAACGCCAAAGCCUCCUCAACCAGAUCCAGCGGUACGCCCACCACCUCGAGCAAUGCUUGGCGGACAGCGGCACGCGCUCCCGGACACGGUGGCCUCGCAACCUUCACCUCACCAUCAACAAACACUUCAGCUGCCUCCACGCCUUCCUCCACGACAAUGAUUACAGCGCCUGCGCCUGGGACCACGUCCGCCUACGAGCUCGUGCCUGGUUCCUGCACAUCCAUGACCUCGUGGGCAACACGUGCACCUAGCCCCAAGCGCACCUCCCACCCUCCUCCUAUUUAUCUAUUUAUUCAACUAUUUAUGCAAUUAUUUAUCUAUUUAUUUAACUUAACAUUGGACUAAA